AGGAGGAAAGAGGUUAUUACUAUAAGGCCUUAACGCAGCAGAAAGAAGAGCAAAGAGGAUGUUGCUGGCUGURCUGAUUGCCAACUCUGAGGGCAAUAUCCUCGUUGAACGUUUCAAUGGUGUCCCGGGUGAGGAACGGCUGCAUUGGCGAUCUUUCUUGGUCAAACUUGGAGCAGAUAACCUUAAAGGUGUCAAAAAUGAAGAACUUCUUGUUGCAUGCCACAAGUCUGUAUAUAUCGUCUACACAAUGCUUGGACAUGUCAGCAUCUAUCUUGUUGGCAAGGAUGAGUAUGAUGAACUUGCUUUGUCGGAAGCAAUGUUUGUUGUUACCUCGGCCAUAAAGGAUGUAUGUGGGAAGCCUCCAACAGAGCGCCUUUUCUUGGACAAGUAUGGUAGGAUAUGCUUGUGCCUUGAUGAGAUUGUAUGGAAGGGCUUGUUGGAGAACACAGAUAAGGAUAGAAUCAAAAGGCUGAUAAGGUUGAAGCCUCCAACCGAGUUCUGAUGACAAAUCAUCACACCGUGUGUGAUUUCUUGUGUCCAGAGAUCGAUUUGCUCCUACAACGUUCCUAAGCUUCUCAUUAUUUCUCGAUUGGCUAAAUAAAAAAGGCGAUGCUUCCAUCCAGCAUUUUUUUUCUCAUGGUAUGCCAUUUCCUUUUGCUUCUUAAUGCUGUUUCUAGCUUUUUUUCUGCCUGUAUGACUAUGAAUUUCUGUUGCUUUUGGUAUUACAUUAGGGUUUUUCCCCCAUAGUUUGCCUAAACUUCAAGCUUAUGAUUUGAAA